CCCCCGGCCGCCGCCGCCAGCCCACCGGCGGCCCGGGCAGCCCGCACUCGCUGCCGCGCCUCGGAGUUUGAGCCCCGGCGCGGCCCGAGCGCGGGGUCGGAGCGCGCAGCGCGGCGCCGCCCCCCGGCCCUCGGCCCCCCAGCCCCGGCGCCCCGGGAGCGGCGCGCGGAGGGAGGAGGGCGGGCGGGCGCGGCGGGCCGGGCCGGCGGGCGGCGGACUAUGAGGCGCCCACCAUGGUGCGAUGCGACCGCGGGCUGCAGAUGCUGCUGACCACGGCCGGAGCCUUCGCCGCCUUCUCGCUCAUGGCCAUCGCCAUCGGCACCGACUACUGGCUCUACUCCAGCGCGCACAUCUGCAACGGCACCAACCUGACCAUGGACGACGGGCCCCCGCCCCGCCGCGCCCGCGGCGACCUCACCCACUCGGGGCUGUGGCGGGUGUGCUGCAUCGAAGGGAUCUACAAAGGGCACUGCUUCCGGAUCAAUCACUUCCCUGAGGACAAUGAUUAUGACCACGACAGCUCGGAAUAUCUCCUCCGCAUCGUGCGAGCCUCCAGCGUCUUCCCCAUCCUCAGCACCAUCCUGCUUCUGCUUGGAGGGCUGUGCAUCGGUGCCGGCAGGAUCUACAGCCGCAAGAACAACAUCGUCCUCAGCGCCGGCAUCCUCUUUGUGGCUGCAGGCCUCAGUAACAUCAUAGGAAUCAUUGUCUACAUUUCCAGCAACACAGGCGACCCAAGUGACAAGCGAGAUGAAGACAAAAAAAACCAUUACAACUACGGCUGGUCUUUUUACUUUGGAGCCCUGUCUUUUAUCGUGGCUGAGACCGUGGGCGUCCUGGCUGUAAACAUUUACAUUGAGAAAAAUAAAGAGUUGAGGUUUAAGACCAAACGGGAGUUCCUUAAGGCUUCUUCCUCUUCUCCCUACGCCAGGAUGCCGAGCUACCGGUACCGGCGACGGCGCUCGAGGUCCAGCUCCAGGUCCACCGAGGCCUCGCCAUCCAGGGAUGCGUCUCCCGUAGGCCUGAAGAUCACAGGGGCCAUCCCCAUGGGUGAGCUGUCCAUGUACACACUGUCCAGGGAGCCCCUGAAGGUGACCACCGCUGCCAGCUACAGCCCUGACCAGGAGGCCGGCUUCCUGCAGGUGCACGACUUCUUCCCGCAGGACCUGAAGGAGAGCUUCCAUGUCAGCAUGCUGAACCGCAGGACAACCCCCGUGUGAGGCCCGGCCCUGCCUGAAGCUCCGGCCUCUCCCCAGAACGGCUCUUUGUGUCUCACAGGAGGGCGUGUGAGAUGGACGGAUGGACCAUGAACUUCAGCCAAACGCAGCCCUCCCUGGUCCCCAGAAGGCAUCGCAGGCUGGCUUCGGGCAAAGGAAGCACCAGGAGACUGGGCUUGGGCUGUGGCAGAAGCUGGAGGCUGACUUGAUCCCCAAAAGGGGGGAAUCAGAUGCCCUGGGGUUUCCAAAAUGUCCCAGGAGCUUUCUGGAGGCUGCCCAGCCUUGACUAACUCGGGAAAACAAAAUCGAGCCAUUACCUCUGCUUGGAAACAAAUUUUGCCAGAACAGGAUUUCAGGGCUUUCCCGCCCUGUCUGGGCGCCAGGCCACAGGAAGGCUUUGCCAGGCACAGGGGGCAUCUGGAGUUUUGUCAGCUGCUUUUGAACCAGAAGAUCCUGUGUCUUUGAGCCCAAAAUGAGGACACUGAAGCUCACCCCCGUCCCCCUCGUCUCACCUUCUCUCUGGCACUUUGGCAGCAGCCUGUUGUUGAAAACAGUUCUUUGGAGGAGGAGAAAGUUCUGCAGCCAACUGGUGCUUCAGCCUCUGCGCCGUCCUUGGGCUGCUUCCCGCAGGACUGUGGAAGAAUCUGAAGUAAAGGCUGGGGGCUGCUGUUGGCUCUCCUGUCUGCUUCUGGAAGUUUCCUCCUCACUCAGCAUGGGCAAGUGAGACACACUGAUCAGACCUGGGAGUCUGGAGGAUCCCACAGGUCAAAGAAAGGCUGCGUCUCCCUCCCCACUGACCUGAGGAGCAGCCCUGUCCCUAGUGGUGGGAGCCCCAGGGCACAGGUGAGACAGACCUCUGACUAGCAUUUGGCUACAUUGCAAGAAAGGAAGACCCAAGGGCCAAAAGCGACCAAAAAAGAAAAAAAAUUAGGGAACAAACAUCUAUUUGCUAGGUGAUUAUGAAUCAUGAUUUAUUGCAAGUCGACGCCAGGAGAGCAAGUUACAUUCCUUUCCUCGUCCUAAAAAUUAAGCAGUAACACGUCCCCUGACUCCUAUUAGUGUAAUUUAUUCAGCCACCUCCUAACAGGACACAGUGGAGAAAAUUUGGAUAGAAGGGCCGAGCUGGGCUUUUCUUCCUCCCCAAAGAGGGAAAUCUCAGCACUUUGUUCAGAACUGAGGACGUGGGCUCUGUGUUUUAUAGUUUUUCCAACCAUUUUUUUCCCCUCCUGAAAUAAGCAAAGAGCAUGGAAGCCUGUCCAGGUUUGGAAGAAAAACUCUCUGGAACAUGGAACUUACCCUCUUUUAUAUAAAACGUGCUUUCUAAAAAUAAAUCAUUUCUUACUUUUUGAGACUUCUUGACCAGAUCUUGGGACAGUCAUCUGUGAUCCCAGUAGCUGUUGUACUUAGAAGUGACGAGCAAAUUCUUACCUCAGCCACCUGCUCACGGAGCCCAUGGGUGGACUCGGCCCCUAGGAGUUCAGACCGGGGUCCAUGUGGCCUGGUAAUGACAUCAUCGUCCUUCCCACCUUCCUUGGCCCCCAGGAGAGGACAUGUCCACCUGUGGUGGCCCCAGCUGACUGCCCCUGUGUGCCAGUGAGCUGGGAUGAGAGGCGUGCCAGGGCCCCUCCGUGCCUGCUGGAGACCCUUUGCUCCCGCUGCAGUUGGCUUUGUGUGGUGGUGUGUCCAAGCAUGCAAGUGGUGAACACUGAAGCGUCAGGGCUCGUGGCCUGCCCCUGCCAUUGACCAAUCCUGUCCCCACCACCACCCCACGCCAUGACACAGCCUUGCCAGGCUGAAGGAAGGGCGCACCAUCCACAGCCCCAUGGCCAGCGAGGCCCUGACAGUCCUGUUCUUUCCACCGGCAAGGCGGCCUGGCUGCUUUGUUCCUUUGUUUCCUCUCCACACCACAAGCCCUUCCCCACUGCCCUGGAAGUUUCUGUAAUUCCAUAGAGAAAGCUGUGUUCCAGUGAAUCCUACCUCUCGCCAGUCCCAGGCAGAGAACGCACGCAAGGCCCGCUCUAGGGACCAAGGAAGACGACAGGGAAGAGCAGGGAGCAAAACCACCUCAACGCUGGGGCCUUCACAGCCUCCGCCACCCCAGCCGGCCUGUCUCCGGGGCCCUGGAGUCUGGGCCGCCCCUUCCUCCCGCUGCACCUCAGACCUGGCGCCUCUCCGCCCACCCCCCCCAGGAGCGCGGCCUGUGCCUGCCUCCUGCCCCUCCUCCCAUGCCCUUCUGCCCCUGUGUGUUCUGCAGUUAAGCCCCUGUGAAUCCUGUACCGACUACUGGUUUUGGGUUGUUAGUUCUGUCUUUUUUUUAAUUAAAUAAAAACA